UUAUAUGGAAAGAAGGUAAAAAUAAAAAAUUAUAUCAUGUCUGAAAGUGGACUGAAAGAAAACCAGGAGUUCUUAGAUAACAUCAUGAACAGCCAGGAGGAUGCUAAAUCCAUAGACCAUGGCAAGUCAUUUGCCAUGGAGCCAACACACGAAUAUGAUCUCGAUAAAGUCAUCUCCCUUGACUUUGGCAUUCUUAAGAGAAUAUUAAUGCAACUUCUUAAUGAAAAACAACAACGGGAUAAUUUUAAAGCCGAUGCUGCCUUUAGAAUAGAUAUCCUUAAGAACAGAGUUGACCAAUUGGUUUGUGAAAAUGAGGAUCGUAAAUAAGGAAUGCACUGAACUCAUUGAAUUUAAGAACUCUGCGGCAGAUCUGUUGGAGAAAAGCAAAAUUAAUGAUAAAGUUCUUGAAAAAUCUAUAGAAAGUACUAAUGCUAAAGUUGCCCAGAUGGAGCAAUAUUUAAAAACAACUGCUGCAGCCACUGGAGGUUUGAACAAAGAUGAGUUCAUUAAACUUCUAGCUUCCAAAGCAGAGAAGGACAUCGAUGAAAAACUCUCGAGAUCUGCCUUUGAAGACCACAGAGACAAUAUGCUAGGCAGACUUAGAGAUAUCACCAAUGAAUCAGAUGAAAUACAGGAAAGAAUGAAGGUGAUCGAGAGGCAGAUGAACAUUCAUAUCAAGAAAGGCAAAGGAGUUGACACCUCAAAGAGACGGCUAACAUCUCAUUCUAUUGCUUCACCCCGUUUCAUAGAAGAACUUCAACAAAAGAUAGAGGGUCUAGAAAGCUUUGUGGACACAUUGAAGAAUAAUUUCAAAAGUUUUGAGAAGGAAGCGAAAUACGAUCUCUCAUCUUUGAAAGUUGAUAAAGCCGAAACUACCUUGGUUGAUAAAAACAUUGCAGAUACUAUGAUGCUUCAGGAAAAAUUUAACAGACUUGACAAACUUUACAAAGCAAAUCAAGAAAAUAUAAUGAAAAAGCUAAGAAUUGUUGAGAAGACCCACAUCCCUCACUUCCAGAAGAAGAUCAGCUACCAUGACGAGGCAAUUGGCCUGAAUAAGGCUUGUAUCAGGAACCUAGAGCUAGAUUCAGGAAGUAGCAAGAAAAAGUUAAAAUUCCUUGAAAAUAAAGAGAUAGAUUUAUCUUCGGUUGAAAUGGUCAACCUCCGAAUUGAAGAACUCACUGAUGCCGUUAAAGUCACAAGAACUGACAUCGCAAGUGUCGCUAAAGAGAUAAGAGAGAUUUUAUAUACCAAGGUUGAUGAUGAAACUCUAACUGAGCUUGAAGACAACAUUUUGGCAAAAAUGAACGACCUCUCUGAAAACAUUAAGAAGAAUUUUUCGAAGAAAACGGAGACUAAAAUUGGAUUCAAAAACAUUAACUCACAGAUCAGAGAUCUAUAUGGAGUAUUGCUAACUAUGCCUAGAGAGAGUGGGAAAGGAGAAGAAGACGAUGCUUUGCUUAGUAAGAUACCUCUUGGAGGAUAUUCCUGAGCUUCAUGUGAUAAAAAGAUCGUUAAUCUCUCAAAAGUUCCCAGUCAAGACUCAGCUUCAUGGAAUCAAAUGCCCUUCAGAGACAAAGGAGAGAGAUUUAGCAAAAUUGGGUCAGGCUUUAAGAGUAUAUUAAAAACUGUCAGAAAAGAGAUGAGCCCGAAUAAUCUUUCAUACAAGGAUAGAAUGAAGAAGCUUGCAGAUAUCAGUGAGUCGAUGUCCCAGUUGAAGUCACCCAAGAUAGAAGUCACUCAGCCUAACCAAGUUUAGAAAAUUUCAAUAUGGAUAA